CUCACCAACGACCUGACUGAGGAGGUGAUGGAGGAGGCAGUGCAGAAGAAGGCAGGCCUGGUCCUUUCCUACCACCCGCCGAUAUUCGCGCCGCUGAAGCGGGUGACGUGGAGCAGCUGGAAGGAGCGGCGGUGGGCCCUGGAGCACAGGAUCGGGAUUUAUUCGCCACACACAGCGUACGAUGCCCUUCCUCAGGGAGUCAAUCACUGGCUGACAAAGGGGCUUGGUGCCUGUACUUCUGUCCCACUGCAUCCAUCAACUGCGCCCAGCUAUCCAGCUGAGGGUACUCACCGGGUAGAAUUCUGUGCAGACAACACUGAAGACCUGGACAUGAUGCUGUCCAAAAUCAAAGACAUUCAGGGGAUCUCCUGUCUCGCUACUCUCCCUGCCAGGGUUGAAGGUGAGGAGCAAACACGAGUCAGUUUAAACUGUUCUCAGAAAGCGCUGUUGGAGGUGGUGGCAUUACUGUCCCAGAAGAGCCUUCUUUAUCACAAGACUGAGAUUCUCUUAUUACAAAAGCCUCCUCUUCCCCAUACUGGAAUGGGACGUCUGUGCACACUGAGUGAGCCGGUCUCCUUGUCAGACAUAAUUGAGCGUAUCAAAAGCCACCUAAAAUUACCCCACGUCCGCUUAGCCCUAGGAAUGGGCAAGACACUAGAAUCGCCAGUGAAGAAGGCUGCUCUGUGCGCUGGUUCUGGGAGCAGCAUCCUGAAGGGGACAGAAGCUGACCUCUAUCUCACAGGAGAGAUGUCCCACCACGACGUUCUGGAUGCAGUGGCCAAUGGGAUAAGUGUUAUUCUGUGUGAGCACAGUAACACCGAACGAGGUUUCUUGGCAGAGCUGCGCAACACGCUAGCUAUCCACCUACAGAACAAAAUCAACAUAAUUGUGUCUGAGAAAGAUAGAGAUCCACUCCAGGUGGCAUAGGAAAAAAAAAAUAGGAGUGAGAGAA